AUGGCUACAUGUCUUCCUCCUGACAACCCAUUUCUGUUUAGAUGACGGAUAAGCCUCUGAUUUUCAACCUCACUUCACCCCCAAUUUCUUCUUCUUUCCCAUUUCCACCCACGAUUUCAGUUUUCCCAAUUUCUGCUGGAUUUAUGAACCGAAUUCAUCUCUGAUUCAUUCGAAAUUACUUGAAUCCUAUAUUUAUUUGAUAAUGGCAGCCGUCACUUCAUUAUCCUUCUCUGCAAUUACUCAAUUAUCCGAAAGAAAAAUCAGUCUUCUAUCUUCAACUCGAUCUCUGCUCUCCAACCUCGAUGCAUUUAGGGUUCGUACGAACUUCUCGAUUGAUUCCGUAAGUGCUCGAGCUUCCAAUUCGAAUUUGAGUUCUCGUUUCGUCGUUCAUUGCAUGUCGACUGGAUCAGUUGCACCACCUGUUUCCGAGACAAAAUUGAAGUUUCUAACUGCUUACAAACGUCCCAUACCGAGUAUCUACAACACAGUGCUGCAAGAGCUAAUUGUACAACAACAUCUGAUGAGAUACAAGACGACAUAUAGUUAUGAUGCUGUAUUUGCUCUAGGGUUUGUCACUGUUUAUGAUCAACUUAUGGAAGGGUACCCAAGUGAUGACGAUAGGGAAACCAUCUUUCAAGCAUAUAUUAAGGCACUAAAUGAGGAUCCACAACUGUACAGGACCGAUGCACAGAAAUUGGAGGAUUGGGCUCGUACACAGAGUUCUGGCACACUGGUCGAUUUUUCAUCUAGAGAAGGAGAAAUUGAAGGAAUAUUGAAGGAUAUUGCAGAAAGAGCCGGGGGUAAAGGAAGUUUCAGCUACAGCAGGUUCUUUGCUGUUGGUCUGUUCCGCCUACUGGAGUUAUCGAACGCAACAGAAACAACCAUCCUAGAGAAGCUCUGUGCAGCUCUUAAUAUCGACAAAAGAAGCGUUGACAGAGACCUUGACGUUUACCGUAAUUUGCUAUCAAAGCUUGUUCAAGCAAAAGAACUUCUAAAGGAAUUCGUUGCAAGGGAGAAGAAGAAACAAGAAGAAAGAAGCGAACCUCAAAAGGCAAAUGAAGCAGUAAUGAAAUGAUUAGGGGAAUAGCAAUACGCAAGAAAGUAAUGCAAAUUACGUUGCUGAUAAAUGCCGGUGAAUCCCUGAUCACUUGCAAAUUAUUUCAAGAUAGAGUUUAUAUGCAUCUUUUCACCUUCCAAUUUAUUGUUUAGCAUCCAAAAGUAUAAUUUGCUAUGCAUACAUGAAGUAACUGAGAUGCAUACGAUUCAAUAUAUAGUGCGGAAUUAAAGGUAUCACUGCUACAUUUUCCUCCAA